CUCCUCCAUCUAUGAAAAUAUAUACAUCACUACAGUUUAAACUGGCCUUAGAACUGGUGAAGUACCUACACCUUUCGAAAACUUUAUUCAAAUCAAUUCUGGAUCUCUUACCACUUCCCUUCGACCCCUUUGUCGGAAUCCUCUAUAGCUCUAUGAUGACACCACCACAAACGCCCUUCGCUGGGUCCAUGACAGUGUCAGACAGAGCGCAUCUACAUCAUGGGCCCAAUUUUGGCACCCAAGGGCAAUCGGAGACCGAGUCGUCUCCGACUAUCCAAUUGGACGAACAUGAUCCCAUGCACCCAUAUAACAUGGGCCUACUCAGGAAGUGGUUAGCUGUUGCUACUGUGUCCACGGGUUCACUUUGCGUUGCUUGCACGUCUUCGAUAUACUCAACCACCUACGGGCAGCUUAAGGAGGAGUUCAAUUGCUCCCAUGAGAUUGCCACUCUAGGGCUCUCACUCUUCAUCUGGGGAAUGGGAGUUGGGCCAUUGAUAUUAGCUCCUUUAUCUGAGAUCUAUGGCCGCAAAAUCAUCUACCUAUCCUCGCUAACAUCUUUCUUCGUCUGGCUUUUACCAUGUGCAGUUGCAACCAAUGUACAGACAUUACUUAUCGGCCGAUUUCUUAAUGGAUUCUCAGGAAGUGCGUUUUUGAGUGUUGCGGGAGGCACCGUCAAUGACUUAUUUCCUCGUCAUCACUUAGCCUUUCCUAUGAUGGUGUAUACUGCGAGUCCAUUUAUAGGACCAGAAAUUGGGCCGUUGCUAGGUGGGUUUAUCAACCAAUAUGCUCAUUGGCGCUGGACGUUCUAUAUGUUGCUCUGCUGGACUGCUGCCUUGAUUCUGUUGGUCUAUCUUCUUGUCCCCGAAACUUAUCAACCUGUGCUCUUGAAGCAAAAGAGAAAACAGCUCGGCAAACAGCGAGACGAGUCCCAAAUCAAAUCUUUCUCUCGGAAAAGGUUUCUAGACUCCAUGUAUAUGCCACUUCUUUUGUUAUGUCUGGAGCCUAUGUGUCUCAGCCUUUGCCUGUACUCGGCGAUAUUGCUUGGAAUCCUCUACCUUUUUUUCGGCGCUUUUCAGGUUGUUUUCCAAUCUGUAUAUGGCUUCGAAUUAUGGCAGUGCGGGCUUUCGUUCCUUGGGCUUUUGGUCGGGAUGGUCUUGGCCGUGCUCUCUGAUCCUUAUUGGAAAUCUCGUUACCUCCGGCUAGAGAGGAAACAUCGGGCCCUUCACAGAGAAAACUUCGCUUUCUUUCCGGAGUGGAGGCUCCCGCCAGCUGUAGCUGGGGCACCUUUAGUCACUACAGGUCUUUUUAUAUUUGCUUGGACAGCCUAUUCCAAUAUUCAUUGGGUGGUGCCUAUUAUCGGCAGCGGUAUCUUUGGUGCAGGGACUGUCCUUGUGUAUUCGGGGGUCUUCACAUUCCUUGUCGACGCUUAUCCGGUAUACGCUGCCAGUGCUUUGGCAGCAAACAGUUUCGCUCGAUCUAUGUUUGCCGGUGUUUUUCCCUUAUUUGGAAUACAAAUGUAUAACAGAAUGGGAAUACACUGGGCCUCAUCUUUCCUCGCAUUCCUUACGCUAGCGAUGUUACCAUUCCCAUAUAUAUUUUAUAGAUACGGAUCUCAUAUCCGCAAGAAUAGUAGCUUUGCUCUAUGA